CACGAGGAGCCGGGGGCGCUGGGCGCUGUCGGAGUCCAAGCCGGAGCAGGAGUCCUCGUUGUUGAGGGGUCGCCGCAGUCGCCGCGAGCCCCCGGACCGACGCCAGGCCGAGGAGGGCGCCGCGCGGCGAACUUGGCAAGAUGACCCAGUUCCUGCCACCCAACCUUCUGGCCCUCUUUGCUCCCCGUGACCCCAUCCCAUACUUACCACCCCUGGAGAAACUGCCACAUGAGAAACACCACAAUCAACCUUACUGUGGCAUUGCGCCAUAUAUCCGCGAGUUUGAGGACCCUCGAGAUGCCCCCCCUCCUACUCGUGCAGAAACCCGGGAGGAACGCAUGGAGAGAAAGAGACGGGAAAAGAUUGAACGGCGACAGCAAGAAGUGGAGACGGAGCUAAAAAUGUGGGACCCUCACAAUGAUCCCAAUGCUCAGGGUGAUGCCUUCAAGACUCUGUUUGUGGCUAGAGUGAAUUAUGACACAACAGAAUCCAAGCUCCGAAGAGAGUUCGAGGUGUAUGGACCCAUCAAAAGAAUACACAUGGUCUACAGUAAGCGGUCAGGAAAGCCCCGGGGCUACGCCUUCAUCGAAUACGAGCAUGAGCGAGACAUGCACUCCGCUUACAAGCACGCAGACGGCAAGAAGAUCGAUGGCAGGAGGGUCCUGGUGGAUGUGGAAAGGGGCAGAACUGUGAAGGGCUGGAGGCCCCGGCGGCUAGGAGGUGGCCUCGGUGGCACCAGAAGAGGUGGGGCUGACGUGAAUAUCCGGCAUUCAGGCCGUGAUGACACGUCCCGCUAUGAUGAGAGGCCCGGCCCCUCCCCGCUUCCACACAGGGACCGGGACCGGGACCGGGAGCGGGAGCGUAGAGAGAGAAGCCGCGAUCGAGACAAGGAACGGGAACGGCGACGCUCCCGCUCUCGGGACCGGCGGAGGCGCUCACGGAGUCGGGACAAGGAGGAGCGGCGUAGAUCCAGGGAACGAAGCAAGGAUAAGGACCGGGACCGGAAGCGGCGGAGCAGCCGGAGUCGGGAGCGAGCACGUCGAGAACGGGAGCGCAAGGAGGAGCUGCGUGGUGGUGGAGGUGGUGGCGGCGACAUGGCAGAGGCCUCUGAGGCCGGUGACGCACCUCCUGAUGACGGGCCUCCUGGGGAGCUUGGCCCUGACGGCCCUGAUGGUCCAGAGGAGAAGGGCCGAGAUCGUGACCGAGAACGACGUCGGAGCCACCGGAGCGAGCGGGAGAGGCGCCGGGACCGCGACCGGGACCGUGAUCGCGAGCACAAGCGAGGGGAACGGGGUGGGGAACGGAGCAGAGAGGAGACCCGGGGUGGGGGUGGGGGUGGUGGCCAGGACAACGGGCUUGAGGGUCUGGGCAAUGAUGGUCGAGACAUGUAUCUGGAGUCCGAGGGUGGCGACGGAUAUCUUGCUCCGGAAAACGGGUAUUUGAUGGAGGCUGCACCAGAGUGAAGAGGCCCUCUCAGGCUGUUGUGUUUGGACGUGCCCCCACCCACCCCCUUGCUGUCAUCCUCUUCCCCGUCCUUCUUGGCCACUGAGUUUGCCUUCCAAGGAAGGGUAGGAGUCUCAUGAUUUGUUCUGGCCCUUUGGAUUUAAAAAUAAAGUUAAUUUCCUGUUGAUA